AUGAGUGGAUCCAAUCUUCCUCCUGUAAAGAAGAAGAGAAAUCUUCCAGGCAACCCAGAUCCUGAGGCUGAGGUAAUAGCCUUGUCUCCAAAGACUCUAAUGGCCACCAACAGAUUUUUGUGUGAAAUAUGUGGGAAGGGUUUCCAGAGGGAUCAAAACUUGCAACUCCACAGAAGAGGGCACAACUUGCCAUGGAAGCUAAAGCAAAGAACAAACAAAGAAGUGAGGAAGCGCGUCUUCGUGUGCCCCGAAAAGACCUGCGUCCACCAUCACCCCUCGAGGGCUCUGGGAGACCUAACAGGCAUCAAAAAGCACUUCUGUCGAAAGCACGGGGAGAAGAAAUGGAAGUGCGAGAAGUGCUCUAAACGAUAUGCCGUGCAGUCAGAUUGGAAAGCGCAUUCGAAGACUUGUGGCACUAGGGAAUACAAAUGUGACUGUGGGACUAUAUUUUCGAGGAGGGACAGCUUUGUAACACACAGGGCAUUUUGUGACGCCUUGGCUGAAGAAACAGCAAGAGUUACAGGGGCAUCUCACAUGAACAACCAUGCAGCAGGCAACAUUAAUUAUCAUUUCGUAGGAGCGCCAGUAGGGCCAAACAUGGUGCAGAAUUUUUCUUCCAUUUUCAAGCCAAUCUCAAGCAACGAUCAAGCAAUGGAUCCAACAAGACACGGACUAUUACACUGGAUUGGCCAGAGUCCACCGGGCCAAGAAUUCAUGGCCAGAAAUUUUCAAGGAAUGAAUCAUAUGGGAGUUCCUAUUAGUACAGGAUCAUUACAUAAUUUUCCUGAUCCACUUGUUACUAGUUCUUUCUCAAACCCCCCACCUUCAAGUCAUCAGUUUAAUUGGGAUUUGGGAAAUAAACUUUCCUCAAUUGGAUCUGAAGAAUUAACCAAAAAUUCUUCAAUCCCUUUGAAUAAUGUUGAAGAUGUUAGCAUCCCAUCCUUGUUAAGCAGCCAACACCAAAUUCACCAGCCAUCUUGUGCCAACAUGUCAGCAACAGCUUUAUUGCAGAAAGCGGCCCAAAUAGGAGCCACCACAAAUGACCCUUCUUUCCUAGGAAACUUUGGGUUUAAGUGCAUUGAAAAUUCAGUCCAAAAUGAGAACAAAUUCUGUGGAGUACGUUAUGGUACAAAUCCAGUAACUUCUGGCAUUGGAAGUGAUGUAGAGAGUUCAGUGAGUGAUCUUUCUGGCCUAAAUCAUCUUCAAAUGUAUCCUCCCCCAAAGCGUCAACACGUAGAAAAUAAGGUCACAAGGGGAGAAACAAGGGAUUUUCUUGGCGUUGGGAUAGAGUCUAUUUGCCAUCCAUCAUCAAUCAAUGGAUGGAUAUGA